AUGGACGAGUACGACCGGGAGAGGCCGCUCUUUGACGGCAAGGUCCGCGUCCUAGUCCAGACGCCGGACCGUGACGAGCGCGUCGCGCUUCUGACGAUCCGCCUCCUCGCCGGCCAGCGCACACUCAAUAGCAACCAGAAGGAGCGCGUGCUUCGCAUCGAAAUCACCGACGACGACGAGCUCGAGUCCUUCUUCCUAUACGUCUGGAGCGUCUCGGAGGAAGAGUUCCACGACCUCAAGCACCAGCAGCGCCUCCUCGUGGACUUUCCCAAGUUUGCGACCAACUUUAUGGACCUCCUCACCUGCUGCUUGGACGAGAAGAAGCUCGAUGGCGCUCGGCCCGAAGGCCAAUCACCGCUGAGCUACCUCGCUGUCCUCAACACGCAAGACGAAGCGAAGAAGGGCAUCUUUAGCAUCGUUGAGACCAACCCGUUCAAGCACCUCACGCAUCUCUCGCUGGCCUUCAAGCCCGGCGACGACGCCGAGAUCAAGCUGUACCUUGCCGCGCGCCUUCGCCAGACCACGAACGAGAAGCGGCAGUACCAGCGCGACUUGGCCGCGACAACGUCAACCCUCGAGACCACAAGCGCAUCGGAGGCAGCGCUGCGAAAGCAAGCCGACCACGUUACGCAGCUGCACGCCGAGCAAAUGGGAGCGGCGAAGAUGCGAUUUUCCGAAGAAUUGACGGCGCAGAAGGAAGCCGCGAUGAAGUCGCUCCAGGACACGGAGCGGUUGUAUACCACCAAGAUUGAGGCGAUCCAAGCGUCGAAUACUGACAACCUCGCAAAGCUGAAUACCAAGGUGGCGGAGCAAGACGCCGAGCUCCAAGCACUCCAGAAAACAAAGUACCAAUACGAGCUCAAGAUCGAGCAGCUCGAAGGCCACGUGGCCGAGCUCACCAAGUCGAAAGAGCUUACGACCACCGACGUCUCGGCCCUCCAGCAGCAGAACAAAGCGCUGGACCAAGAUGUCUUCAAGAAGGACAAAUUGAUUGCACAGUACGAGCUGCAGAUUGCAGCGUUUCAACAGCAAGUCGCUGACAAGGAGCACGUACUGAGCAAGACGACCGAUCUGCUGACGGCGGCCAACACACACAAGCAUGAGAUUGAGGAGACGCUCAAGAUGUACAAGACCAACCACGCGAGCAUGCAGCAAAAGCUGGAGCUCAGCAUCUCGGAAAUCAACAAGGGAAACCAAAUCAUCGAGCAAAUCCAAAGCGAGAACCGCGCGUACAAGGCCAAGCUUCGCAUGAAGUCCAAAAUCCUCAAGCAGCAAGAGACGCUCGUCGAAGAGAAGCAGUUGCAGCGGGACGAGCACCAACAUCUGGUCAAGGCGCUGCAGAAAGACCUCCAUUUGAAAGACGACGAGCUCGCGCUGCUCCAGAAAAAGAACGACGAGCUCGCGCGCAAACUCGAAGAGAGCAAUCAGCUCCUUGCGUCCAACCAGCAAGUGAUCACGUGGCUCAACAAAGAGAUCAACGAGGCGCAAGUCUCGCAGCACAAGCGCACAGCGUACUCGUCGGCGUUCACGUUCCAGCCGCCACCCGUGCCUACUGCGCAUCGACAAACCGACCUCGAGCCGUCGCAGUCGUCAUCUGCGUAUACGCGCCGGUUUGGUGCAGCGUCCUAAUAUGCGAGUCCCAUGUGCCAGUGUUGUCGCCUCC